AAGAAGAAGAAGAAGAAGAAGACCAAAACACGGAAGAGACGGAUUGUAAAUAUUAUGGCGGGUAAUUAGUAGAUCUAUGGUCGUGUGUGGCUGUUCCGUCCGCCAACAAACACUGACGAGAAAGAAGAAAUGUAUCGACUGGCGAGCCGUAGGUUACAGAGAAGAUAUUGUUGCGCAGCAACAACUAGUAUUACGCUGGUUUAACCACAGCCACAUGUUGAACUAAUCCAGGAGCUUCCUCCAACUUUUGCUGAAGUUAGCUUUAGUAUUUAUCUAGUAUUCUUACCUGCGUCAUCAGCGAAACAGGCUGAAUCACACAACCCAAGAAGCCAAACAACAACUCGAUGACACUUACCUCCAGUCGUCGAUCCACCUGCCACGCCGCUGAGUGUUGAGCGUCCAGUUGACCCGCACACCAUGUCCGUCAACGGCAAAGUCCUCCCGCACACCCCGCUGGCCGUCGACUUCUGGCAGGUGCGGAAGUGUCCCGGCACCCGGCUGUUCUUCCUGUCCCACAUGCACAGCGACCACACGGUGGGGUUGACCUCGACCUGGAGCAACCGGCCCAUCUACUGCUCACUGACCUCCGCCACGCUGCUCAAACUCAGGCUGCAGGUGAAAGAACAGUGGAUCCAUCCGUUGGAGCUGGGUGAGCCAUACCUGCUGCCACUGGAUGACAUCGGCAAGGAGAGGCUGACGGUCACCCUGAUAGAUGCCAACCACUGUCCAGGGGCUGUGAUGUUUCUCUUCGAAGGCUACUUCGGUUCUAUACUGUACACUGGUGACUUCAGAUAUAGUCCCGCGAUGCUGCGUGAGCCGUGUCUGAGGACCAACACCACUAUUGAUGUCCUGUACCUGGACAACACCAACUGUGACCCCAACCGCACCCUCCCCUCCAGGAAGCAAGCCACUCAACAAAUCAAAGAAAUCAUCCGCAGUCACCCAAACCACAAUGUCGUCAUUGGUUUGUAUGCACUGGGAAAGGAGUCCCUGCUGGUCGACCUGGCAAUGGAGUUUAAAACCUGGAUUGAGGUGAGUUUUGAGAGGAUGGAGACUCUCAGAGCUCUGGAGCUGCCUGAUGUUUUCACCACUGACCCAGGAGCCGGUCGUAUCCGAGUUGUGGACCAGUCGGAAAUCCGUUCCGCCACUUUGCACCAGUGGAACAAAGAACAACCUACUUUGGGCAUCUUGCCCACCAGCAGGCCCCUGGUCUCCUUCCACCCUAAUGUCCAUGUGGUGCCCUACUCCGACCAUUCUUCUUAUCAAGAGCUGGAAGAUUUUGUCUUUGCGCUUAAGCCUACCUCCCUUGUGCCCAUUGUAGGAAAUGGCGUACCUGGAAGUCUCUCUGCCUUACAGCCCAGCAAAAAACGCCAUGAAAUCUUGGUGCCAGAGUCAGUCCGAAACUACAUGUUGAAACAGCCUCAGAUCCAGCUCAGCUCAUCAGCAUACACCCGUCUUCACAGCAGACACUCUCGACCUCUUGCCCCCAAAGGGGUGGUAUUUGAGUCUCCCGUAAAGGGAACCCCAAGUGAAUGCAAAGAUUUCUGUGUCUGUGGACCAGCAUGCCUGGAAGAGGACGCUUCUGAAGAAGAGAUGGACACAGAAAGUACUGAAAGGGACUCUGACUGUAUACUAAUCGACGUUCGCAAGAAACUCAGCCCUGACAAAAACAGCAGAGCGGCUGGAGACAUGUGGAGCCUCAACAUCGGUCAGAGAGUCUGUGAAGAAAUAGCGAUGGCAGCAUCAGUGCCACUCAGUCAACAUACCCAGAGCAACACCAAGGCCUGCUUGAAGCCUGUCAGGACCAAGAGAAGGCCUUUUGAAACUAAGGCCAGAAUAAACAGUAAAACAGUAUCAGGGGAAACUUACAUUAGUCAGCUAAACAGCAGAAUGUCACAUGGCGAUAACAUGAGUCAGCACAAUAGAUGUGGAAAUGAUCUGGACAACAGCAGGACAUUAUUGCAGAACAGCCCCAGUAAUAAUUCCUGCACUUUCUGUCCCCCCUCGAAUGAGGAGCUUGAAAACAGAAUCUUGGAGAAUCUCACCUUCAAUGAGGAGGACUUUAAGCCCUCGGUCCUCCUGCGGCACGGCUUUGUGCUACACUACGCUACAUGAUGCAAAAGAGGAUGACCUCGAUCAAUAAUGUGACCCGAAAUUUUUGUCUUGCUUUUCUGUGCGUUAACAUAAAUACUAAUAAACCACCAGGACAAUUUUUUUGCCCUUACUUAACAUAAUGUCCUGCUUCAUAUAAUUUUCUUUGUGGUGCCUCUAUUUGUCUGGGUUUACCAUGGGGGUUAUGUCAUCUCCUGAGAAUUUUUGUGUUUCUCCCGGCCCUGAGAACCAGCUGUCUUGAAACGUUUGUCUAUUGUUUGUUUUUUUUGUCCUUCAUUUAUGAGAAGGUGAAAAUAAGAGUCGGAGUUCUUUGAAGGAUCAGUAGAUAGAGACGUUUUUACUGAUGCAAAGAGCUAUGAGCCAAAAUCUGAAUUGAUUUUCAGCCUAAAGCUAAUAUAAAGCGCGAAAAUAAUUUUUGCCAGAUCAUCCUUUUUUUCACACCCCUUUUGGAAUUUUUAUUGAAAAAUUCAUUAUCAAAAGUUUUGUGUCAAGAGAACGUUGCUGCACUUGUACUUUAUUACGGAUAAAACAAACGAAUGCUUCUUGUGAUUGUCUGUUGUCCUUUGGAAAUGUACGCCCCAUCAUAGUUUUGAGAAGAUGCUGUGAAGAAUGAGGGUUUUUUUUUUCUAAUAUAUUAUUUAACAACUAUGGCAAUGUUCUUUUCUGUGUUAGUCCUCCACUGAAGUAAAACGAAACACUCUGCUCAGCAGAUUCAAACUUUUUUGCUCGUGCCCCUUUUUUUUCAAACAAUUGGUUAUAUUUAUUAACAAUGACAUUUCAAUUUGAUAAACGCUGUGAUAAAGUGUGUGUAUUUAAUAAGCGUAUUUCUUCUGACUGUAUUCGUACUACAGCUCAAUGCUUGUUUCUAUAGUGGACUCAUGUACAUGUUUUGAUUAGAGGUGACAAAACCCAGCAGCUUGACUUCCAUCUGAGGAAAUGUUUUUGUUGUGCAAGUAAUACAUGUCGCUGUAAUAUCUAUGUUGUAUGCAGUCUCCGUGUGCCCGCUGUUUCCUCAGUAAAUUGCACCACAGUAAGUCUGCACCACAGAGACGUAUACAUGUUAAGUAAAAGGGUCACAGCUGUCUGGUGUUGCAGUAUUGUUAUCUGUCCAUAAGAUGGCAGUAGUUUGUUACAAACGUCAACAGACGCUUUAUUUCUUACUUCUUGUUGAAUUUGGCUUUUAGGUUUCUGCAGCAUGUAUCAUUUUAAUGAACAAAAAAAUAAACAAACCUAAACAUAGAUAUUUAAAAUCACCUUUAUUUGGUAGCGAAUGGUAUGCUGCACAGGGAUGACUCAGCUUUCAACUAAAUCCCAUUAAAACAUGAAAAUACCCUCAAAGCUGCCCUCAGGGAUUAAUAGCCUUGUUAAUGUCUAAAAGGGACACUCAUUGCUUAUGUUACAACAAUAUCUCUUCAUCACCAUGAGCAGUGUAAUUGCUCGAGACAGUACAGUCGAUACAGCUGUAAAGUCAUUUUUUGGUUGGCCCUGAUCCUAGCAUUCCCCAUUGGGCUGCACUUUGGAAAAGUUGUCUCUGUGUGAGGUUCAGAAUCCUCGGCAGUGUCAUGCUGGGACAAGCGUAUAGUCUCCAUCAGUAGGUCGUCUGAUUGACGUGAGCUGCCAACGGGAGUCUCCCCUUGUGCUCAUAAAGGAUGAAUGAUCGGCUCCUGCGUGUGGGAGGAGGGAGAUCUGGGAUUAGCAAUCAGCUACGGGCUCACAGUCCACUGUGCGCAGACGAAUACUGAUGACCAGCAGCGGAGCAAGUUCACCGAUGCAAAAAAAUACUAAUACCACACUAAAAAACUUACACUGUAGAAAAAUGUAGAUUAUGACGGGAAUGCUGUUAUUUGUUAUAUCAUUCGAUUAUUAUUAUUACUGAUAUGUUCACGUGUAAGCAGCAUUUUACUAUUGGAGCGGCUCAAGGUGGAGCUCAUUUGAAACCAAUUUAUAUAGGACUCAGCUUCUUAAUGUAUUAAUUGUUUUCUUUGUAAAAAAAAAAGGACAUGAUCUACAGAAUUUUCAAAAUAGUUAUUAGACUUUCUCAAUCGGUUAAUCAACUUAUCAUUUUAGCUCUAUUGCCUUGCUGUACUUGUAUAAACUGAUGUGUAGUUAAAUCUGCAGCAAAUCAUCCCAUUUUAUAAACUGUAUAUUUUUGUGUGUAAAUAUUUCAGCCUUUCAAAUAAAAAAGUGCCGUAAAAGUUAA